CGACCUGUGAAGCGGGACCGGUUUGUUUUGAUUUCGGUGCGACAGAAAUGUAAACAAAGGCCACGGUUCAGCACAAACACUCCACGGCGGGUAGGUCAACAGCGUGGCGGAUCAGUUUUAAGAUGAAGGACAACGUUCAGGUCUUCGCUAGGGUUCGUCUGAAGCUGAAAAGAGAAGAAGGGCAGGCGGUUCUCGUGGAGAUGAAAGAUCAAACAACAACGUUGAUGCCUCCACGGUUACCUGUCAAUUCAUCACCUUCGAAGAAACAGAUUCAAGAGCCCAAGGAGUUCCAUUUCGACCACUCGAUGUGCAGUUUGGAUCCAGUGGACGAGUGCUUCGUUUCGCAGGAGAAGUGUUUUGAUCUAUGUGCUGGUGAGUUGUUAAAGCAUACGUUGAACGGUUACAAUACGUGUAUCUUUGCAUACGGCCAAACAGGGUCAGGUAAGUCUUACACGAUGAUGGGCACGCAGAGAGAGCCAGGUAUUAUACCUAGAUGCUGUGAAGAGUUGUUCGAUGCGUGUACUGCGAUGCCGGAGAGCUCCAAGGCUCAAAUGACGGUAUCGUUCUUUGAGAUCUACAACGAACAAGUACGUGAUCUAUUAAAGACUCACGAGGUGAACAGCCAGCUGAGGGUCCGAGAGGAUCCAGUGACCGGUCCCUACAUAGAGGGACUACAAAGCUUCCCAAUACAAGUUGUGGAUGAUUUCGUCAACUAUAUGAAAAUUGGAAACAAGAAUAGAACAACCGGCGCUACAAAGAUGAAUGACAAAUCUUCAAGAUCACACGCGGUCUUCACAGUCUCCAUCAGAAUAACAGAGUUCGAUUCCAACGAGUACCUAGUGAGAGAAACGAACUCAUGUCUUAGAUUGGUUGAUUUAGCCGGCUCAGAACGUGCUGAUGCCACAGGUGCCACAGGCGUUCGUUUCAAAGAAGGUUCCAACAUAAACAAAUCAUUGACGACGUUGGGUAGGGUAUUUACCUCUCUAACGAAGAACGAAAAACCACCUUUCAGGGAUUCGACACUUACAUGGUUAUUGAAGGAAUCCUUGGGUGGUAAUUCCAAGACUGCAAUGAUUGCAUGUAUAUCACCUGUGGAUUACGACGAGACGCUAAGUACGCUACGAUAUGCUUCGCUUGUGAAGAAGAUAAGAUUGGAGGCUACGAAGAACGUUGUUGAUCAAGUUGCUGCACACAAUGAGCAAGAAUUCUUAGAGUUACAGCAAAAGAUAUCGGAUUUGACAACCAGUCUUGAUGAGGCCAAUGCGAAGGACCAGUUGUUGUUACAGUUUACCAACAUGAACAAGUUCUUGGAGAAAAGGCUCAUCGACCAAAGGAACCAAUAUGAUUUGCUCAAGUCAAAGCAUAAUGCAUUAAAAGCAAGAAAUGACAAGUUGAGUGGUGACUUCAGGGCUGUACUUGCAGCAAUUCAACCAAAUGUACAGAUCACAAGAGAAGUUGAAGGCCUCAAAAUACGCCACCAAGCCUCAAUUGAAAAGUUAAGUCGAUCCAAGGAACAGCUCCUACGGGAUAUAGAAAAUCUACAGAUGGAUAACUAGUGAUCGCACAGAACAGCGUUUCAAUUUUGA